AUGGAGCUGGAAGCGCUGCGCUCUAUCUACGAGGGAGAUCUGUGCUUCAGGGAGCUUAGCCCGGUUUCCUUCCAGUACAGGAUAGGUGAAAGUGGAGAUCCCAAAGCCUUUCUAAUAGAAAUUUCUUGGCCGAAAACAUAUCCACAAACAGCACCAGUCAUAUCGAUGGAUGCUUUCUUCAACAACACAAUAUCUUCAGCUAUUAAACAAAAUAUAUUGGAUAAGUUAAUGGUAGAAGUUGAAGCAAAUCUUGGAACUGCUAUGACAUACACACUUUUUGAAUAUGCCAAAGAUAAUAAAGAGUUGUUCAUGGAAAAUCAGCCUGUUAACACUGUGACUUCAGUAAGCAAUAGUAUUGCAAUUGGAACUCCUCAUGUGCCAGCAAGUAAGAAAAAAGAUAAAAAGGAGCAGUUAUCCAAAACCCAGAAACGGAAACUAGCCGAUAAAACAGAUAACAAAGGGGAGCUUCCGCGAGGAUGGAACUGGGUGGACGUAAUUAAGCAUUUAAGCAAAACUGGUUCUAAAGAUGAUGAAUAAAGGACUUUGGUACAAGGAAACUCCACCUUUUAAUACAGUGCAAUUUUGGGUCACCAUCUUUCUCUUAAUAACUUUCGUAUUUGUUGAAGUAAACAUUUUAUAAAGCUCAAUUUCCUAACUUGCAAACCUAGUCACACAAGUUUAUCUAGAGACUAUGUGGUCUUCUUUGGAAAAAAAAACAAACUUGCCUUAAAUGAAGGUUAGAAUGUGACAAAGGAUAUAGAGAGCCAAUGUGGUGAAGUGAAUAGUGCUAUAUGCAGUGUUUAUUAAUUUAUAUUUCACUCUGUAGUAAAAUCCUGUUAUAGUGAACCUAAUGAUACUGUAAACAUUUCCUGAUGUUCUUACUCCAAUUGAAGAAAAAAGCACUAUAACAGUGAUUGGUCACUUGACAGCAUAAUUCAAAAUAAAUUAUUCCAUGGAAACAAGACCUUUGUCAUUUGUUUAUCUAAUAUGAAUGUAGAAGGAGAACAUAAAAAUUGUUACAUUGCAAUACAGACUAGAGCUUGUGGUCCCGUUUUCACUAGUUACUGGCUGAAAUAGUAAAUACUAGCGAAAGCAAGGCCAAACAUUUCUAGUCUGCUCAAAAAUGAGUGGUUACAGCAGGAGUACGUCUUUAUUCUCUGGGGUAUCCAUCUCUUAGUCUUUCUCCAGCAUGCAUCUUUGCAGA